AUGUCGUCCAUGCGCAAUGCCGUCCAGCGGCGCAACCACAAGGAGCGCGCGCAACCGCUGGAGCGGAAAAAAUGGGGCCUGCUGGAGAAGCACAAAGACUACUCACUGCGGGCAAAGGACCACAACGAGAAGCGCAAGCGGCUCAAGACGCUACGCGAGAAGGCGGCGGACCGCAACCCGGACGAGUUCUCGUUCGGCAUGAUGUCGUCGAGCGUCGACCGGCGCACCGGCACCAAGGUCGGCGACCGCGGCAACAGGGCCCUCACCGACGACGUCGUCAAGCUGCUCAAGACGCAGGAUGCCGGGUACAUUCGCACCAUGCUGCAGAAGGUGCGCAAGGAGAGGGAGAGGGUCGAGGAGGGCUUCGUGCUGGAUGAUGAGGAGGGCGAGAUCGAGGCGUUGAAGAGCAGGCGGGCGGGGAAGGGCAAGCAUACGGUUUUCGUGGGCGACAGGGAGGAGCAGAAGGGCUUUGCGCCGGAGGAGUGGUUUGGCGUCGAGGAUGAGAUGGAUUUGGAGAGGACGUGGAACCGGCCAAAGAAACAGACAGGGAAGCUUGAAGAUGACGAGGACCUUGAGGAAACGGGCGGUCAACGGAAAGGCGGGGACAAGGAGAUGGACGACCGGGAGAAGCGAGCGCUGGAGAAGAGACGGGAGAAGGCACAACAAUCACGGCGUUCGAAGGUGGAGGCGUUGAAGAGGAAGGAACAGGAUCUCAUGGCUGCGGAAAAUGAGCUGGAAGAGCAAAGAGCCCGGAUGAGCAACAGUGUCGGCGGCGUCAACAAGAACGGUGUCAAGUUCAAGGUGCGGGAACGCAAACGCUGA